UCGAUCGCUUUUCGUGUGUGUGGGAUAUACUCUGGGUGUCGGAUGGGAGUGUGUCGGUGAUCCGGCCAGGCGAUGCAUUGAACUGAGCAAAGGGACGGAGCGGACUGCCCCGCGAGUGGCGCACAGGCCAUGUCCACUUUCGGCAAGCUGACCGAUUACUUCCACCUCCGCAAGUCCAGAGCAGAGUUACGGGUCAGCGGCACGGACACCAGACGAGGCGACAGCCCGCAGCCCAGGUCGCUGGAGCGGAGACCCCAGCGCGCUGGGCUGGUACAGUCAGGGGCACUGCCCAGCAUCCCGCAGUCGCCAACCGCCCCCACCCGGACCCAGGGGCAGCCCCUCGCCGACCAAUGCGGGAACCCUCUCCCCGCGAGGGUGAAGCCCCUGCCCACUGGAGACCCGGAGAGCCCCCACCCUGACAAGGGCGGGCACCCCCUCCUCGCUGGAGCCCAUGAGAGGCCCCAUCCUGCCAGAACCCAGGACCGCGCUCCCGACCUGCACCUCGAUGAACCCUGGCAGAGUAGGGAGGAUGGCGGUGACAGCAUCCCGCAGGAGGGAGCGGACCCCUGCGGUCGUGGGACUGGCAUCGGCGAGCCGCCCUCCUCCUUCUCCAGACCACGAUUCAUGCACCUGAGGAAGAGCGUCUCUGUGGAUGACCACCUGAGCUGGCUGGAGAGCACGCAGGACCUUUCUGAGAGCAGGAUGGAGAAGGUGAAGGUCAACCUGAGAAGAAAGUUUAGUUUGGGGUCCGCGGACAGGAAGGAAUCAUUGCAGAAAAGGCUGGAGAGCAGUAAGCUGAGACUGGUUCUGCCGCUCAGCCGCAAGGACAGAGUGAAUGGCGCCGGGUCUGCAGUGAGUGUGGAACCCCUGCCCCGCUCCCGCCCCCGUCCCCGCCCCCGUUCGCUCAGCUUGGACUGGUCCUCAUCGCCCAGGAUGAAUCAGCAGGUGCGGGAUCUCCAGCUGGCUCACAGCAGGAGGCUGGUGUCUCCUGCCUCUCCCAGCGCGGCCAAGAGACUCUACAGGAACCUCUCGGGCAAGUUCAAGGUCAAUUACACCUCCUUCGACGAGCCAAGCUUAAUGGGACGGAAUGAGAAAAACAAGCAACGCAGGUCUGGCUUGAAGCUCCAGGGCAGUGAGGCGGUGUUUGAGGCGGUGGAGCAGCAGGAUCUUGACACGGUGCAGAUGCUGCUGAAGCUGUACACCCCCGACGAGCUGGACCUCAGCACCCCCAACAGCGAGGGCCUGACACCCCUCGACGUCGCCAUCAUGACCAACAACGUGCCCAUGGCCAAGCUGCUGCUGCAGGCCGGCGCCAAGGAAAGCCCCCACUUUGUUAGCCUGGAGAGCCGGGCAAUGCACCUGUCCAGGCUGGUGCGGGACUCGGAGCAGCGGCUGAGCGAGCUGGCGGCACAGGUGGUGAACCAGGCACACAGCCCCGACUGCACGGAGAAGGAGAAGCAGCUGAAGGCCUGGGACUGGCACAGCCGGCUCUUCAAACGCAUGAAGACCGGCUUCGAGCACGCCCAGGUCCCCGAUGCCCCAGCCCAGGUGCGGCUGUCCGUGGCAGGCAGCACCUCGCUACUCGUCACCUUCCAGGAACCUCUCAGCAUCAAUUCCGCCGUGGUCACAAAGUACAAAGUUGAAUGGAGCACAUCUCCUGACUUCAGCACGUUAACGGGAGAGACUGUUCUGGACGGGAUGAAGGCUCUGAGCUCCACCAUGAUGGGGCUGGUCACGGGGCAGCCGUACUACGCGCGGGUGUCUGCCCACAACAUGAAGGGCUGGGGUCCCCCGUGCAGCUCGGUGCCGGCCUGUGUGGCCCCCUCUAGCUGGAGAGACGCGGAUAGCAGGGAGGCGAGGCGACAGGGGAGGCCAGAGGCCCUGGAACAGCUGUUGAUGCAGGUGAAGACCCACCACCAGCAGUGUCUGUGCCACGAGAAUGCAAAGGUCCACCUCCCGGGACGGAAGCACUCGAUGUCCAAGAGCAUCAAACACUUGUUUCAGCCCACAAGCAAAUUUGUUAAAAAUCUCAAAAGAGGCUUGUACCUGGCUGCGGUUCUCUACAAAGACGAGGAUGUGGUGGUGACGCAUGAGGAGCAGAUCCCCGUGGUCGAUGUGGACGAUUCCUACUCCAGCUCACUGAUGCAAGACUUCCUUUGGUUCAUGAAGGUGUCGUACAUGUGGGAGGAGAGUCGGUGGCUGGGACAGUGCAUGAGCCCCUCCUCGUCAUCCUGCUCCUCGGUGCUGCAGGCUCGCCAUAAGAUGCUGGUGGCUGUUGCCCAACUUCAGGGACUACUAGGAACCGAGGACCUGGGCCAACUCUACUUUGAACCGAUCAAGGACAAGCAGGGCAAUGUUCUGAUGGUGACCUUGAGGGAACUGAGCUCAUACCAGAGUCUGGAGAAUGCCCGGUGGAUUCCUCUGGCCAGGGUGCAGAGCCAGCGCAAGUGCCUGACCACAGCAGAUGAGCCCACAGCCCUGGACAUGCUGCUGUCCACCAUGCACGAGAAGCUGACCUACCACAGACAGAGCCAGGCGGUGCCGAUGCCAGGACUCUACCUUGGCUACCUGAAGCUGUGCAGCUCUGUGGACCAGAUCCGGGUGCUGGUCUCUUCACAGCUCCCCAACAUCCUGUGUCACGUCAGGGUUCGGAGCAACCAGCACGUGUGCAGGGAGGAGUGGGAGUGGCUGCAGAGACUGAACAGUCUAGAGGAGCCUGAGCUUGCCGACCCGUGCGAGGGGAGCACCGAGGGAAUGUUCCAGAAGGAGCUCAGAGCCGCCAUCCCGGAGCUGAUGAAGCUCAUCGCCGUUCCCCUGCAACAGGUGAAGGAGUACCGUCUGUACAGCCAGGAGGUGCUGGAGUUUGCGGAUGACCUGUCCUUCCUCCUACUGCUGCCCCCGUCGGAGGAGGUGUGCACGGCGCCAGGGCAGGUCACCCCCUGCCCCCGCUCGGGCCUGCUCACCAUGCCCCUGCAGAGCUUCGAGCUGGUUCACUUCCUCAGCUACGACAAGCCGUUCAUCAGCCUAUACUGCCAGCUGUCGGCUCUGCUGGAGCUGGAUCUACUGUUGUCCCAGCAGGCGCUGCGCGAGGCUUUCUCCGAUUCCGAGGUGGUGGCAGCCAAGCAGAGGCACCAGCAGGUCCAGGAUUUCACCCAGAGAAUGGAGGAGGUUUGGCGAGAGGUGCGGUGGAUCAUGGAUGUGCUGCAGUACGCCAGGUACAAGCAGCCCUCUGGGGGAGUCCCGCUGCGAUGGCUGCUGGAUUUUAGCGGUGAUGGAGGGAAGGAGGAACCGCGAUCUCCGGCCAGCCCCGGUUACCUGCCCUCGCCAAGACCCUCGCCAGAGACCAGGCACCGACAUCUCAGUCCACAGGCAGGUUCGCCUGCGGCCGGUGAUGAAGGUUGGUCAGAGGUACUUGUGUCCACGGCGAGUGCUCGUGAUUGCAGAGCUCAGAGCCCCAAGGAGUUGGACCUCAUCCCCUCCUCCACUGGUACCAGCAGCCAGAGACCCGGCCACAAGCUGCAGGAGGGUCCCCCUGAUGUUCUCGGUGCCCGCGGGCAGUGCCAGGGCAGUGGGCACCAGCGGCCUGCCCCCCAGCCGCUCUACGACAGCGACUUUGUUCUCCCCAGUAGACAACUGGAGCUACUGCACAUCACAGAGAAGAGGCAAGCCUACUGUGUCCGCACCAGUGGCCUCGACAUCCCACCCCAACCCUUCCACAUCCAGAGACAGUGCUGCCCUCACCCUGAAUCCCUGCAUGAGUGCCCAGCAGAACCGUCAACAAGUGCCCCGGGAGUGGGCAGGCGAUGGCUGGACACGACCCACAGCCUGGGCACCUCGCCUCCGUCCGGCUGUCCGGCCCAAACACCCGACCCCAGCGGGCAGAUGGACCAGCCACUGGAGAAAGGGGCACGGGAGCAAGGCCUGGACUCUGUCAGGUUGAACGUUUAUCCCCAGUACCAGACGGGGCUGUCCAAGGAGAUGAGUGUGCAGCUGUGUGUGAGCGACAGCACAUGUGCACGAGAGAUAGUCGCAUCGGUGAUCAGGAAAACCAACGAGGCUGUGAGGAGAAUGAGUGGCAGGACUGAGGCCCGGCUGUACCCAGAGGACCAGGUGCAAGACUUUGGCCUGGUUCUGUCCAUGGACAACUGUGACCAGUGGCUGCGGGAUGACUUUGUGCCCCUGACCCUGCACCACCCCUGGACCAAGGGGCGUUUGUGUGUCCGCAUCAGGGACUGUUCCCCAUUGCUCACUCAGCAGGGGAAGGCAACCACUGUGUGAGUCGGAGGGAGCCACAUCACCACUCUGCUCCCACACUGGCCGCACCGACUAACCAAAGCCCCGUCAGCACGGCUCACACACGCUAAGGGCACGUCUGCAACAUACCCCCUGAUAUUACCAAAGAGCGAGACUGUGCUAACUUGCAGCGUGACGAGAGGGCCACGGAUUGUUUCCGGGGUUUGUGCCGGGAGUUUCUGUGGUGAAGCUGGAAGGAGGGAGAGUGUUGUCGAUCUGUAGAGUCGGUCUGUACAUCCUCACACUUUAAUCAACACCUUGGACCUUUUCAAACCAGGAGUGAGGAAUCCACUCAGUGGAACAUCUCCAACAUGGGUCUGUACGGACUGAGCCCACACAACUAAUGAUCCAACCCCAAAAGCUGAAAGCAUGAUCAUCUCUUUGAAUGGACUUUGAAUGCCCAGAGUGGCAUUAGCCUAUACUAUUUAUAUUUUAUAUGAAGGGGGCAGUUUUUUUGUUCGUGUUGGGGAGUGGUGGUGUGUGUGCACACACUUGUCUACACUGGCCCUCACUGGGAUCAUGUCCUUGCAGUAACUUGUGAUCUCCAUCUGCAGCUUCCUCUCUCUCCUCGUGGCCUAGAGGGCAUCCAUGCAGAGGAGGAGAGUGGAGAACAUCCCAUCUCCAGCAAACUACAGCUGCACUCUGGUGCCGAUCUCGGCUGGGGUAUUAGUGUGUGUAUGUGUAUGGCCCCGGGAGCAGGCACCAUGUUUGCCAGUCAUUGAACCGUGAACGGAGGAAGGAGCAGCAGGUUUUGGUGCGUCAGUGUCUUGUGAGCAGCAGAGUUGGGGAGGAGGCAGAGAGAGGACUAGUUCAAUUUAUCUGUGGUAAAGUGGGGCUCUCCUGACUGAUGUUCUCUCCUUGCAGACUGACUGCCUGCCGCCCACCUGUUCUAACUUCCUGCAGCUCAUUAUAUAUCCCUCAGGAGGUGAGCUAAGGAGAAUGAAGGAGCAACCCAGAGCAAAGUGAGCUCUGGGGUUAACACAGUACUUCUCUCCUCAUUUAAUGUGUGAACGUCAGGGGCACCACAGUCUGAACAAAGACAGGAGUUUCUUGAUAUCUCUUGUCUCAGCCCAGAGCUCUAUCAGAGCCACACUCAAAUCCUCCUUAGAUGGGGCUAGUCACAAAACCGUACAGCACAACAGGCCCUUCGGCCCACAAUGUCUGUGUGUCGAACAUGAUGCCAUGACCAACUCUUAUCUGCCUGCACAUGAUCCAUAUCCCUCCAUUCCUU